ACACACCGGAAUUGAGUCGGCGAAUCGAGCAAUGGGAGCUAAUCCUCUUACUCUCAGGGUCGACUGGACUUGCCCUGGCCCAAGGUUUGAAAAAGGCUCAUAUACCUUGCGUCGUGUUAGAGAAACAGUCUAGCAUUGGCUCUCACCCUAGAGAUUGGAAUAUGGGGUUGCAUUGGGGUGCUGAGUCCUUGAGAAAUCUUGUCCCGGACGAGCUGUGGAAGCGGAUACAGUCCGUGCAGGUAGAUCCAAGCAUCUCUCCAAGCAAGAGCGAUGCGCUCAAUUUCAUCAAUGGAUCGACAGGGGAGAAUAUGGCCUCUAUUCCUGCUCCGUUCUUCAACCGACUGCGUCGCCGUAAACUACGGGAAUUGCUGGCAACCGGCCUGGACGUCCGAUACGAUAAGCGGGUCAAGGGGAUCAACUUCUCCAAGGAUGGUCAAUAUGCCACCGCACGAUUGAUCGAUGAAACAUGCCUCACAGCGAAGAUUGUUAUAGGAGCCGAUGGAGCUCGGUCGACUAUCCGUCAAUUAAUGCUCCCACAGACAGGGCAAAUCCGCCCGCUUCCCUACUGUGCAACAUUCGUACAAGCACGCUUCAGCGCGGAGCAGGCUCGCUUCUUGCGGCAAUUCCAUCCUCUAUACCUAGCAGGAAUCAAUCCAGCCGGACAAUUUGCCUUCUUCGGAAUGCAUGAGGUGGAAGAUCCCGAUCAACCUGAAUCAUGGAAAUUUUUCUUCUAUAUCUCGUGGCAGUCAACUUAUCAGGAGCAGGAGAGGACAGCCGGCUGGUCCAACGCUCAAAGAUUGACGCAAGUUAAAGAAUUUGCCAGGCAAUUUGCGGACCCUUGGAAGAGCGCUUUUCAAUGGUUGGACGAUGACCACGAAGUAUGGUACAUGGGCUUAACGGAUUUCGAUCCGGGCGCUCAGGACCAUCGUUGGGAUAAUCACGAUGGACGAGUCACACUUGCUGGCGAUGCCGCACAUGCGAUGACGUAUCAGCGCGGCCAAGGCUUGAACCACUCCAUCACAGAUGCAGCCUGCCUAGUUGAGGCCAUUCAACGAUUUGUAUCAGGAGUAGAAACCCAAUCUACUGCAGUCACGGAGUACGAGGACGAAAUGAUUGCUCGAGCUGGCGGUGAAGUCAGGCUGAGUACCUUGAAUACGGAGUUGGUUCAUGACUGGGAGAACGUCCUGCAAUCGCCAGUGUUGACUUCGGGAAUGAAAAAACAUUCGUCGCGGGGCCUGUUGUAGGCAUCCAAAACACGCCACCCUGUUGCGAAUCCUCGCAGUGGUUAAUACAAGUUCUUCAAAAAGUCCUUCUCGUCCACACUUCCUGCUUGGAAGCCUGCCACUCUAAUUGCCAAGCCGUGGCUCUCCACAGCUCGCAUGCUAGACAAAUCUGCCCAG